CAGGGUGGUUAUGAACCGACUGGCGGUUCCAGAAGAAAAGGAAAAGAUAAAAAUUUUUACAAUUUUAUUUCGCAAUUUCAUUUCAACUGUAAAAUAAUUUUAUAAUCAAGUCCUCAACACUCAGUGAUUGUUAACAACGGUUCAAUAUUCAUUGAUGGCUCAAGCUGAAUGUAGUUUCGCUGGUGCUACAGCGAGGAACUGAGAACUCAUUCAUAUAAUUCCGAUCAUUAUUAGUGUCUAGAUAUUCUCCUUUGAAUCUCGUUUGCUUCAGCAACCUGUAGCUCCGGUGGCGUUGGAGUCUCCUGUGUUAUCAUUUUCAUGACUUCCACAAAGUACUACCAUGUACUUCAUUCGAAGAAUUAAAAAAACUACAUUGCUGUCCAUCUUUGAAGUUACGUAUUCGCGAUGUUUCGCCGAAAAAUUCGGAUAUCAGAUAGGACGCGAGUGGCGCAGAGUGUAUCCAGUUCAAUCAGCUGCGUCCUUUCACACUUCGUGUUGUCCUUUUUCUAAGAAGAAGCGGGAAGAAAGGUUGAAAGCUCAAGAAUUAGAUUACACGUCGCCGAAAAAACGGAAAAAAGUCAUCGAAGUCUGGCCAAAUAUGACAGUAGAAGAGUUGAGUCGAUCGAUGGGCAAACCCAUAGACGAUGUAUUCGAAUUGAUGACUUUCGUCGACAACACAUUUGGCCUCGAUAGACCCACCGAUGUGAUCGAAAACUUCGAUACUCUUUGCGAUAUUAUCAAGAAAGCCAACUUACGUUGGAAGAUGAGAGAGAACACACAAGAGAAUACUGCAAUUGAAGACAAAGACGCGUACAGACAACCGCCUGCGCCGCCGGAACAACUUCAAAAACGACCACCUGUCGUUACAAUUAUGGGUCACGUAGAUCACGGAAAAACCACCCUAUUGGAUUAUUUACGAAAAUCAUCAAUAGUCAGCGGUGAAUUUGGAGGGAUUACGCAACACAUAGGUGCAUUUUCGGUAAAAGUGGGAAAAGAAUCGAUUACAUUUCUGGAUACUCCGGGACACGCAGCUUUUACCGCAAUGCGUUCUCGUGGAGCUCACUGUACCGAUAUAGUGGUUUUGGUUGUUGCUGCCGACGAUGGCGUCAUGGAGCAAACUAUAGAAUCUAUACGAAUGGCCAAAGAGGCGAAUGUUCCAAUUGUGGUCGCUAUCAACAAGAUGGAUAAACCUACCGCUGACCUAGAAAGAACCAAAAAAAUGCUGAUGAUGCGCGGGUUAACGUUGGAAGAAUUCGGGGGCGAUGUUCAAGCGAUUCCAAUAUCUGCUUUGCGUGGCACCAAUGUAUCACAACUCACCGAAGCAAUUUUAGUCUUGGCUGAUUUGACCGAUUUGAAAGCUACUUAUUCGGGUUCAGUCGAAGGAGUUAUUUUAGAAUCAAAAAUGGAUCGUUAUAAAGGGAAGCUUUCUACUGCUCUCAUUCAACGGGGAACGUUACGAAAAGGAUGCAUUUUAACCGCUGGUUUAGCAUGGUGCAAGGUCAAGAAAUUAUUGAACGACAAAUCGCUAGAAAUUCUUGAAGCUCCUCCGUCUACUCCCGUUGAAAUCGUCGGUUGGAAUGACCUACCAGCGCCUGGCGAUGUAAUGUUGCAAGUCGAAUCCGAGCAUAGAGCCAACGAAGUUCUGCGCUACAGGCAAAAAAUUCAGAUGACUGAAAAAGCGAAAAAAGAUUUACCUAGCAUUGAAAGUGCCAGAGCUGAAAGCAAAAAUUACUACAAAGAACGACUGAUCGAAAAAAGGAGACGCCGACACGCAAAGAUAAAUUGGGACGAAUUCAGGCAAAAACAAAAAGAAAUGCAUAAUAAAAAUAAACCUGAGUUGAAUAUCAUCGUCAAAGCUGACGUUGAAGGAUCAUUGGAAGCUAUUAGUGACCUAUUGGUCUCGUAUAACAGUUCAAUAUGCGAUUUAAAUAUCGUUCAUAGUGGAAUCGGUAGUAUUUCGUUGACUGAUGUGGAAAUGGCUGAACCUUUCAACGCAAUCGUUUAUAGUUUCAACGUUGGAGUGUUACCUGAUGCUCAAGAGUUGGCCAAUCGCAGUGGUAUUGCUAUCAAACAUCAAAACGUCAUAUACCAUUUUCUCGAAGAUGUCAAGACAGAAAUUAAUUCGAGAUUACCUCCCAAAGAGAUGGAAGAAGUUACAGGUGAAGCAGUCGUUCAAGAAUUAUUUUUAAUUAACGAAGGAAAGAAAAAGAAAAUUCCUGUCGCUGGUUGUCGAUGCAUCAAAGGUGAACUGAAGAAGUCUUCUCUUUACAAAGUGAUGAGAAACGAUCAAGAAAUAUUCAGAGGUUCGUUAUCUUCGAUGAGAAAUUUAAAAACUGAAGUUACUUCCAUUAAAAAGGAUCAGCAUUGUGGCUUAAAAUUCGAGGACACGUCUGUAGUUUUUCAACCCGGUGAUGUCAUUCAAGCUUUUAGAACUUACACUGUCCCUCAAGAAAUAGAAUGGAAUCCUUUUUGAUGAAGAUAGCACCUACUAGAUAACUGGUUAGCCUCUUACGGAAAAUUACAUAAUACAUGAAGUUCAAAUCUAUGUAGCUCUCUCGUGUGAUUCAAGAUUUGAAUGGAAACGUAUAGGAUUAUUUUACACUAAUGAACACCAUUUUUAAAAGAAGAAAAAACAUUAAGAAGUAUGAUAAUGAGCUAUUCGUCCAUUUUGUUGAAUGAUGCGUGUUUUAAUUAUUUCAAUUGUUUGAAAGAAUGUAAUGUACCUACCAGCGCGUUCAUAAUAAAAGUGUUAUUCAGUUA